AUGAGCUCCAAUCUACCUGCCCAGCCGAAUCUACGGCUCACAAUUAUCGCGGCGGAUGGGUUAUACAAACGCGAUGUCUUCCGGUUUCCCGAUCCGUUUGCCGUGGCCACCGUCGGAGGUGAGCAAACCCACACGACGUCCGUGAUCAAGAAAACGUUGAACCCAUACUGGAAUGAGAUGUUCGACCUUCGGGUCAACGAAGACAGUAUCCUUGCCAUCCAGAUUUUCGACCAGAAGAAGUUCAAAAAGAAGGAUCAGGGUUUCCUCGGUGUCAUCAAUGUGCGGAUGGGAGAUGUGAUUGAUGUACAGAUGGGCGGUGAUGAAAUGCUCACGAGGGAUUUGAAAAAAUCCAAUGAUAACCUAGUUGUGCAUGGAAAGCUCAUCAUCAAUCUCUCUACCAAUCUAUCUACACCAAAUCCCACUCAGCAAAAUGGCAGGUCACACAUUCCGUCCUCAUCAUCGACCGGGCUCGUUCCGCAGGUCACCUCACAUCCUGCUGGCGAUCCGUCCUCGGCGGCCGCAUCGAGCGCGUCUCUGAAUCAGCGUAUGUCGGCCACAAGACCAUCCAGCGUAGUCGUUCCGGUCAACGGAGCUGUGCAGAACCCCCACAGCCAAAGUUCUCGCACUACCAACCUCAGUUCGUUCGAAGAUCAGCAAGGACGUUUACCUACCGGGUGGGAACGUCGGGAGGACAACCUGGGCCGAACCUAUUAUGUUGAUCACAAUACUCGGACGACUACCUGGCAGAGACCGUCGAAUAACUAUAAUGAACAAACUCAGCGCACUCAACGGGAGGCCAAUAUGCAGCUGGAGCGUCGGGCCCAUCAGAGUCGGAUGUUACCGGAGGAUCGGACUGGCGCGAGUUCCCCGAACUUGCAGGAGCACCAGGCUCAGACCCCACCGGGCGGCAGUGCUAGCGCUGUCUCCAUGAUGGCUACGGGCGCCACCACUGCAGGCACUGGUGAGCUUCCGCCGGGAUGGGAACAACGGUCGACACCCGAAGGACGGCCCUAUUUUGUUGACCAUAAUACUCGGACCACGACAUGGGUUGAUCCCCGACGACAGCAAUACAUUCGCAUGUACGGACAGAAUGCAAAUGGCAACAACACCACGAUUCAGCAGCAGCCAGUGUCCCAAUUGGGGCCGUUGCCGAGUGGCUGGGAAAUGCGUCUGACCAACACGGCUCGUGUCUACUUCGUGGACCACAACACCAAGACGACCACAUGGGACGAUCCUCGUCUUCCAUCGUCCUUGGAUCAGGGUGUUCCUCAGUACAAGCGGGACUUCCGACGCAAGCUGAUCUACUUCCGCUCGCAGCCCGCUCUGCGCAUCAUGUCCGGCCAGUGCCAUGUUAAGGUGCGCCGGAACAACAUCUUUGAGGACUCGUAUGCCGAAAUCAUGCGGCAAAGUGCCUCUGAUCUCAAGAAACGUUUGAUGAUCAAGUUCGAUGGUGAAGAUGGACUGGACUAUGGUGGUCUUUCUCGUGAAUUCUUCUUCCUUCUUUCCCAUGAAAUGUUUAACCCUUUCUACUGUCUUUUCGAAUACUCCGCCCAUGAUAAUUAUACCCUGCAGAUCAACCCUCACUCCGGCGUGAACCCAGAGCAUUUGAACUACUUCAAGUUCAUUGGCCGCGUUGUAGGUCUGGCUAUCUUCCACCGUCGUUUCCUUGAUUCGUUCUUCAUCGGCGCGUUCUACAAGAUGAUGCUCCGAAAGAAGGUGUCGCUUCAGGAUAUGGAGGGUGUUGAUGAGGACUUGCACCGCAACUUGACAUGGGUUCUGGACAAUGAUAUCGAGGGCAUCAUUGAACCUAACUUUGCCGUUGAUGAUGAGAAAUUCGGAGAACGUCGGACUAUUGAUCUGAUGCCGGGUGGUCGGGACCUUCCCGUCACUAACGAGAACAAGGGCCAAUAUGUUGAGUUGGUUACGGAAUGGAAGAUCAAGAAGCGUAUUGAAGAGCAAUUCGAUGCAUUUAUGUCCGGUUUCAACGAACUCAUCCCGGCCGACUUGGUCAACGUGUUUGAUGAACGCGAACUGGAGCUGCUUAUUGGUGGUAUUGCGGAUAUUGAUGUGGAGGACUGGAAGAAGCACACGGACUACCGUGGCUACCAGGAACAGGAUGAUGUUAUCCAGAACUUCUGGAAGAUCGUUCGCACCUGGGAUGCGGAGCAGAAGUCUCGUCUCCUUCAAUUCACCACCGGUACCUCGCGUAUUCCGGUCAAUGGUUUCAAGGAUCUUCAAGGCUCUGAUGGACCCCGACGGUUUACGAUUGAAAAGUCGGGUGAUCCCGGUGCAUUGCCCAAGUCGCAUACCUGCUUCAACCGACUGGAUCUUCCUCCAUAUAAGACGCAUGAUACUCUUGAGCAUAAGCUGUCUAUUGCCGUGGAGGAAACGUUGGGAUUCGGUCAGGAGUAA